CACAUGCCUUAAAUAUGCAAAGAAAUUAUUUCACUCCUGUUAUCACUUUAUAAAAUGGCGAAGAAAAAAAUUGUUACGUUACCAAAAAAAGUUUUUCGAAUACUGAAGAAGUUGGGAAUCUUUGGAUACAGUAAGAAAAACAAUAUAUUUGGGCUCAAUCCCCUCGUCGUUUCUACACUUUUUAUCGUCCUCAUCUUGCUAGUAGCAGCUUUAGCAAGAAAAUUAGUAAAAUCAAUUUUUGGUGAAUCCCCAGGAAUUAUAAAAGACUUGUUGUUAGAAUUCAUAGCGACCAUAGAGUUAUGUGCAGCUUGUUUCGAAUUGAUCAUAGUGGCAGAUAAUUGGGGUAUAUCAGCUUACGCCACAUAUCUGUUCCUCCUGACUCUAUGGUGGUCAUCAAAAUGGGGAACUGCAUCAGCUUGCCCCUACAACGCAAUCGAAGAAGUGGUAGAGGGUAGUAGAAGACUACCUCACGCGAUUCUCAUCGUAUUGUCACAAACCCUCGGAGGACUAGUAACUUUCAGUUUUGUCCAACCCAUAUGGGAAUUGGAACUGGUGGAAACUCACGUAGACAAAGCUUUCGAAGACUGUACAGCAGACCUCCAAGUUGAUAUGAUAACAGGAGCUUUGAUAGAAGGUUUCGCCACUUGCUUGUGUAGACUCGUUUCCAGAGCUUUGACUGAGAGCGAAGCCAAACUGGGAAAUAUUUUGGACGCGUUUUUUGGCACCAUGAUGGUUGUUGCAGCAUUCAACCAUUCUGGAGGAUACUUCAAUCCAGCUCUGGCCACUUCUUUGAAAUUGGGAUGUGAAGGCAAUACCGUCAUUGAACACGUGGUUGUUUACUGGGUGGGAGCAUCGUUAGGAUCAAUUGCAUCAGUUUUCCUGUUCAAAUCGAAGAACGUACAAAAAUAUAUAGGGAAACUCAGGACUAGCAAGAUCGAUUGAAAUACAGUGAACAAAGUUGUGAAGACUCUUAUAUAUAUGUAGGUACCAAUAAUAAAUGGACCCUUCCG